AUAUUGCUGCAACACACAAAGGUUAAUUUCUAAGCAGUAAUGUCAUAGACUGAUUAUCUGGGCAUAUAAAUGUAUUUUCUUCACGUUGAUUUUGACAGCUAAGCUAUUACGUUCAUGUGAUGUAUGAGGGUCUCUAAAAUUUGAUUUUUGAAUUGUCAUAUAUUCAUUUGAACGGGACAAUACACGCAUGCUCGCUCCCAGAGAGCAUCGGUGAUAGUCAUAAGCGGAAUACCAGGUUUUACAUCUUCUGAUUGACAAAAAAUAUUUGAAGAUGAGUACCAUGGCUAUAUUAUUCCGGCUUGGUCUCGCUGCGGUUUUGUGUUUAAUGGUAAACUCUAAAAUGACAAUCAUAGACACACCGGAAGAGUUGAAGACUUGCUUUGACCAACCUCGUUUCAACCGCAAAGAGUUUGACCCACGUAUCGACAAUGUUCACCAAUAUUGUAUUCAGAAAUUUAGAUGGCAUCUCCAAAACAAUAACCCAAACAUCACAGACGAAACAACCCAUUGGAUAGAUGAGUUGUUACGUAUGGCUAACAAAGAGGCCCGAUCCAAGAGGCAGACUCUGAGGAGGCGGAUGGAACUGAGAAGAGCGACAGAUAAACAAAGAGAGGAUUAUUUCAGAGCCAUCAAUAUGCUGAAAAGAGAUACUGAUGUAAAACCCAAUCGCUUCGACGCUCUGGGUUUGCUUCACCAGCAGAGAGGCGAUGACGUACAUCAUGGUGCUGCUUUUCUGGCUUUUCAUAGAGUUCUUCUGCUGAUCUAUGAAAAUGCUCUCCGACAGAAGGUCCCAGGUGUUACUUUGCUCUACUUUGAUUCUCGUUUGGACCAACCUUUAAGAGACCCCACUAGAUCCAUUAUGUGGUCACCCCAAUUCUUAGGAACAAUGAAAGGUCGUGUCAUCGAUGGACCCUUUAGGUUCUGGCAGACACCUGCGGGACCACUUGUUAGAGCCGGAGGUCAUGAGGGAGAGUAUUUCACAUAUAGGCACAUCCGAGCAAUUAUGACCAGAUCUCGUUUGGAGGAAAUCUCUGAGCCCCAUGCCCCUCCACCGUGGGACUUCGAAAUCAGACACGGAGACGUCCAUCAGCACAUUGGCGGUAUAAUGGCCCCUGCUGAAACAGCUGCGUAUGACCCGGUUUUCUAUCUUCAUCAUUGUUUUGUCGAUUAUCUCUGGGAAGUUUUCAGAAGAAGCCAAAAAGAGAAAGGAGUUGACCCAACUAGAGAUUAUCCAAGACGUUACGGUACUGCUGCCCAUGCUCCAAACGGACUGAUGGGACUUGGGAGAUUAAGGAAUCUUCACGGAAUGAGCGAUAUGUACACCACUAGGAUUUACAGUUACGAACCUUCGCCAUCAUGUAGCUACAGAAAUCCCAGGUGUGGAUCGCGUUAUCUUACCUGCGAAUUCCAAUUUGGACGACCACAGUGUGUCACAUUGGAAAUGAUCACUCCAACAACCCCGACAGCACCGUUCGGAUCAGCGACAAACCAAGGGCAGCAGCGAACGUUCCCAAAUUUCCCUAUUGCAAACGGAAUUGGACAAUUUCCACCACGAUUUAGAACUGGCAGGGGAAAAAGAAAUACAGCAGUAAUAGAUGCGAGUCGCUUGUCUAAAAUGGGACAGCCUGUUUUGUCUCAAUUUGGACAAAAUGGACUGUCAGCUUUUGCACGGAACAGAACGAGCAUAAUCAAGCAACAAAAGGAAGAAGUUCAAAUGGGCUUUCCAAAAGAGUUGCAGAAUAAUAUAGGGGUCUUUCAGAGAUUAACGAGUGGUGAUAAAGAGGUAAUCUUAAGUCCUAUGUCAAAUAUGUGCCCACCCACUGUGCCAACAAACGUGAUUCAAAACUUGUUUCAAAUGAAUGGUAUUUCCGACAGCAGAGUCUGGGUAUACAUACCCGUGCAGAUCAUCUAUAAAAGACAACAAGAACAGAUGGUGUUCGACUCAUUCCCGAUAGAGGAAGGACAAAUGAAGAUCGGAAGAGAUAUCUACGACCCAACCAGAUACACCAGUCUGAAGGACAAAUUCAUUCAAAAUGUUAAUCACACGCGAUCCUGCCGAGACAUGGACGGAAUUUUCACCAAAAUUAUGAUUCACAGCGAUGGUCUGAACUACCACGGAUCAUUCCGGGAGUUCGCAGUUGUUGAUUCAAGACAACCUUAUACAUCUUCCACAGUUUAUGUAGCAGUUAAAAGUCCAGAAAAAUACCACACUGAAUCAAUUUUCCAAGCGUACGAUCCAUGUGGAAAUGUUUGUAAGCCGUACUGCAAGCGAUUCGGACAUUUUCAGCCUUGUGAUGGUUCACUGAAAUUUGAUAACUCACCACCAAAACUUUAUGGAAAGGAUUAUGGUGAUGCCAUGCAAUUGGUAUGGAGCAUUACAAACGAAGGAAUACCCACAUUCCGCCCGGAUAAUAUUCAACUGCAAUUCGUGUGCAAUUGAAAAUGAGGCAUAUUUACAUUUAUUUAUCGCAACCAGUAACAUAUUUAAUAUUGUGUCAGGCAAUAUCACAAGCGAUGCUUAAAACUUGCAGUCGUUUCGGUUAAUAAAUGUAUUUUGCAUACAAGGUACUGGUGAUUAUUAGUUUCAUUAAACAUUUUUUUAUAAAUUUCAUCAUUUCUUAACUCAUUUAAUCAUGUAACAAUGUUAAUAUUUCGUCGUAGCUCUUCAUGUUAUGAAUAUGCAUGUCGUUAAAUACUUGAUAAUAAACACAUCAAUCUAUUA